GACAAUCAUGUUCACACAACAUCACCAGGCAAAGCAGUAUUUGAUUGCCCUGAAAGACGAGCGCAGAGGGAAGGCCAAGUCAGAAGUUCUUGAGGAAGAGGGGUUGUCUAAGAGUCACGAGUUUUACCAUGCCCUGACGGAAGAUGAUGUUCCAGAUGAAGCAGAGAACAUGAAGCCGAAAGAUUUGACAGUGGAACUCUUCAGAUUGUCUGAUGCCUCGGGAAAUCUGACAUUUAAAGUAGAGAAGAGUGGGUCAGUAUCCACGUCUGAUUUGGACAGCAAGGAUGUGUUUAUUGUUGACACCAAGAAAGCUGUCUUCGUCUGGAUUGGAUUGGAAUCUGUUGAAAGAACCUCUGAAAGAAAGAAUGCAAUGACUUAUGCCCAUAAAUAUCUACAGAAAACAGACCAUCCACUUCUGAGCGUCACAUGUUUGUCUGAGGGAAAACAUGACAGACAGAUCAGGAUGGCUCUCAGCGCCUAGUUACCCGAGGACAAAGGCCAAGGCUUAUCUAAUCCAUUGAUUAAUAUUUGACACCAAGAGAUGACAGUUUCUGAUUUGAAAGAAACUUUUAAUAUGUUGUUUUGAUAUCAGAUAUAAUCGUAGUUCAAAUGUUUUGAUGUAGGUUUUAGCAAUACAUAGUUUUCUAUCCAAUGAGAUGGAUUUCUUAUCCAAAGAUAUAGCUAUAAUUGAGAUUUAGCAAUAUGUAUAGUAUUAUUAUGUAUGGAUUUAUGUUCGGGGGAAAAUUACCACCGAUUGUUGGAAAAAGUCAUCUUUGUUUCUCUUUAUCACUUACCUUUUUUCACUUUAUAUGCUUAAUUUAUAUAUUUUUCAUAUAUACAUGUACAUACAAUUAUCAAUGUUACUUAUAUAAAGGGUAGAUUAUAUGGGUUUUGGGGUUUAUGAUUAUUUUUGGAAUUCUUUUUCAUUCCUUUCUUUUUUUUCUAGUUUUAUAGUGCUAUUUUCUUGUGCAAUAAUGCUGCAUAUUGCAGAUCAUCCUUAUAUAAAAAUAAAAGUUAUAGCAUUCGAUGUACUAGUAUUUAUAUUCAUUGAAGCAGUGCACAUGUUGAAAAUAGGAAAUAGACUACCCCCAAUACAUAAG